CCUGUGGUCCACGCCUCAUCUUCCCAUUCAGGAUCCUCUAGCUCAGAAGACAACCAUCCGUCAUUGAGACCUGACAGCAUGGCUGCUGAGGAUUUGGCAGUGGGAACAAUCUUCUUAUCACAGACUCUCUUUGGAAUUCUGGGCAAUUUCUCUCUUCUUUACCAUUACCUCUGCCUGUAUUGCUCUGGGUAUAGGCUGAGGACCACAGAUUUGAUUGUCAAGAAUCUGAUUGCAGCCAACAUCUUGGUGCUGUUCUCUAGUGGAUUUCACGAUACAGUGAAAACACUUGAAUGGCACCUCAUGGACAGUGAUUUUGCGUGCAGAUUUUUCCCAUAUGUUCGUGGAGUGGGCAGGGGAGUGUCUAUUGGCACCACCUGCCUCUUGAGUGUCUUCCAGGCCAUCACCAUCAGUCCCCAGACCUCCAGGUGGGCAGAACUUAAAGUGAGAGCUCAGCAGUUGGUUUUCCCUUCAAUCAUCCUGUGCUGGAUGGUGAACAUGCUGGUAAAUGUCGUGUAUCCUCUGUACAUGAGCGGAAUAUUGAGCAACAAGAGCAUCACAGACAGGAAGACUUUUGGACACUGUUCUGCUGUUCGUCAUGACCAAACCAGAGACUCAUCAUAUGCAGCGUUGAUAUCAUUCCCUGAUGUCUUAUGUUUUGUGGUCAUGGCCUUGGCCAUUGGCUGCACGGUUUUCACCCUGUACAGGCACAAGCAGAGGGUCCAAAACAUUCAUAGGAUCAGCGUCUCCUGCACCUCCUCCCCUGAGUCCAGAGCCACCAAAACCAUCCUUCUCCUCGUGAGCACCUUUAUCUACUUUAACUCCCUUUCCGUUAUCAGUAAUAUUAUUUUGGCUGUUUUUAACAGUAUUGAUUUUUCCUUUGUGAAAUCGUCUGCAAUAAUCAUUGCCUGUUUCCCAACUCUCAGCCCCUUUCUUUUCAUGAGCCGUGACUCCAGGAAAUCCAGGCCCUUCUUUGGUGGGAUAAGGCAUCCAAAAUCCCCUAAGCUCAUAAGAAGCAUGUAA